AUGAUUAUUAUCAAUGAUGUUCGGCAUAUACAAAAUAUCACUUUCUUAAUGGACCUAUAUGUCUUAAAAAUAAAUAAUUUGAUAAAAGUUAUUCAGCAUUUUUUACUAAUAGAAAAACAGAGAGACAAAUAUUUGAAAUGCAUAACAAGAAAAAGUAAAAGUAAAAGUAAAAAUAAAAAUAAAAAUAAAAAGAAAAAUAUAAAAGAAAAAAAUGUAAACGGUCAUAAUAAUAAUGAUGAUAAUAAUGAAGAUCACAAUGACGAUCACAAUGACGAUCACAAUGACGAUCACAAUGACGAUAAUAAUGAUUAUCACAAUGACUAUCACAAUGAUUAUCACAAUGAUUAUCAAAAUAACCAGUGUGAUCUUCAUGAAUGUGAUGAUAUGUGGGAAAGUCAUAAAAUAAAAGAUAAUCUAUAUAACAUUAAAUAUAUGAAAAAAAAAAAAAUGAAACAGAAUAUACUGCUAGAUUUUUAUAAACAAAUAUUUACGAUCUACAAAAGAAAUCAACCCAAUUUAAUAACUUAUUAUGUAACUCUGAUUAAAAAAUUAAAAACUUUUAAAUACAACAUACAAUUAAAAAAAAUAUUUAUAGAAAAUGUUAUAAAAGAAAUAAAUAAAGAAUAUAAAUCCUUUUUGAUAGAUUUACAUUAUAUGUAUUUUAAAAUAAAAAAAGAAGUCUGCAUUAUUAAUAAUGAUGAUAAUAAGAAUGAAGGUUAUGAAUUACCUUCUUUUACUUUCAAUAAUAUACACAAUAAAAAUAUAUAUGUAUAUAAAUCCAUAGGUCAUGUCUAUAAAAAUAUUUUAAAAACAUUAAAAUUAAGAUUAGAAGUCUUCUUAAAUUAUAUAUACAAUCUUUCUAAUAAUAUAUCUAAAAAGAUAAAUAUUUAUAUGGCACAUAUAUUUUCCCUGUUGAUAGAAACACAGGACGGAUUAUUCAACUCAAUAAGUAAAAGGAAAGAAUAUUUAAAGGAGAUCAUAAAAAUUAUAAGUGACCAGGAUAAUAGUGAGCAUGUGAAUAACAGAAUAUCGUGCGAUGCCUUAUUGCAUACAACUAAUAAUAAUGAUAUUGAAGAAGAUGGAUUUGAAAAAUAUAAUCUUAUAGAUAAUUAUAAUAUGAAUAAUGUUGAUCAUACGAAUCAUUAUAUGUCACAGAAUAAAUUUGCUUUUACAAAUUUAAAUUUUAUAACACGAUUUUAUGAAAACAAUUAUUAUGGAAACGAAAAUGAUAAUGUAAGGAGAGAUUCAAACUACUUCCAGAAUGAACAAGAAAAUGUUAAUGAGAACGACCAUAUAAAGGAUGAGAAAAAAGAUGUAAUCGAUGUGCAAGAUAAUAUAAAUGGAAAGAUGCAAGAACAAAAAGAUCAAAAUAAAGAUGAUAAUAAUAAUAAUAAUAAAAACGUAGUAAAACUACGGAUGAAGAAGGAGGUUAUAACCAUAAAAAAUAUUAUUACGUUUUAUAAAAAAUUUAAAGGGUAUUUUAAAGUAUGCAAGAAAAAUAUGUGUGAACUGUCUCCUUCCCUUAUGAUAAAAGAGGGAGAAGCACUACAUGAACUUGUUGUCCGUUUAUUAAAUCAUUAUAGCAGUAUAAUAAAAAUAAACAAAUUCUUUUAUAAAUCCUUUAAGAAAAAUAUUUAUAAUUUUAAACUGCUUGAUAAGGAAAACAAAAUGAUAUAUAUACUUAAGGAAAUAUAUUUAUUAUUACAUUUCCAUAUAAGUCAUAUAUGGACAACUAUAAAAGAACAUACAGAAGAAUUAAAAAAUAUAAAAAAUAAAAUAACACAAGAAAAUAAUUUCUUCGAUAUAUUUGUAUCAUAUGUAAUUAAAAAUUUAGGCACUGGAGAUAUGACCCCCGAAUUAUUUGAGAAAAUUAAAAAUGUAGAAAAUAAAAUAACAAAAGGAAAAGAAUCGAGCAGAUCAACAGUUACCUUAUAUAAGUGGAGAAAUUUGAUUAAAAUAAAUACAGAGAUAGACUUGAAACAUGGAGAGGAAGUACCUAUAUUACAGAUCCUUUCAUUUCCAUAUGACGAAUUUUUUAAUGAACUUAUUGAAGAAAAUUAUAAUGAAGAAAAUAUAUUUAAAAAGUCAGCUUUUGAAAUGUACAAAAUAUAUUCCAAGUAUUGUUAUUCUAAUAAUCGAAAGGAAGUGAAGGAAUGUGUGGGUGUGCACUUGAAGAGGACGUGCUUAUACCAGGAAAAUAAUUUUAUUAAUAAAGUGCUACAUUUUUUACAAGCCAAAAAAUGUAACCAUAUUUGUAUGCUCAGCAUCGAACAAAAUAACAUCCUCACAAGCUCCAAUAUUCUAGUCAAGAUAUUUAACAAGAAAAAUGAACAAGAUAAAAAAUUUGCUUUUAAUUUAAUUCUUCAUUAUUAUUUAAAGCAAGAAAAAAGUAAGGAUACUUAUGAAAUGAAUGAUACUGAUAAAAAUAUUACACAAACAGAAAAUCAACACAUAUGUGACCAUGUCAGUUAUGAUAACACUUCCAUUUCUCUUCUAGAUAAAGAAAAAAUAAUAAAUGAAAAAAAUGAAAGUGACGAUGAAAAAAAAAGUAUUCAUAAUCUUAUUAAUGAUGGUAAAACAAAGAAUAUGGAUGAUAAUGAGGAACACGAAGAAAAUACCACUCUAUUUAAAGAUGAUAUAAUUAAUGGAGAACCCAAACUUUCUGAUGAAGAUUCUACUUUUGAAAAUAUGAGCGAUGAAGUUUUAAAUAUGAUCAAAAAGAUAUAUGAAGAAAAGAAAAAAAAAAAACUUGAACGUAAAAGGAAAAAGAAAAAAGAAAAAAAAAAUGAAACUGAAACUGAAAUGAAUGUACAAUAUAUGAAAGAUGUAAAAGAUGUAAAAGAUGUAAAAGAUAUAAAAGAUACAAAUAAUGUUCAAAAUUUACUAGAUACAAAUAAUGUUCAAAAUUUACUAGAUACAAAUAAUGUUCCAAAUUUACUAGAUACAAAUAAUGUUACCAAUUUACAUCGUCUACAUUAUAAUGAUAGCAAGCCAAUUGUGUCAUCCUCCCAUUUUAAUAAUUAUCCAAAUAAAAAAAGUGAUGUACACAUUAAUAAUGAUAUCCCUAAUCUGAAUAAUAAACAUAAUGAAAAUAAGACUACUAUUAUAGAUGACAAAAAAGAAUUCGAAGAAGAAAAAAAUAAAUGUCCAUUUCUAGAAAUAGAUGAUCAUAUCUAUGAAAUAAAAGAUAAAGAUCAUUUGAAUCAUAUAAUGCGUAGUUCUAUGAAUUCUUUUAAUUGUGCUUUAUCAAAAAAAAUAUUAAUUCAAGGGAAAAUAUUUAUUACAAUGGAUGGUAUUUAUUUUAUAUCUCUUUUUAAUUCUCUUUUUUCAAAGAAUACAAUAUUAAAAAUAAAAUAUUUAGAUAUUGUAUCUGUUGAAAAAAUAACCAUUCUUCAUUUUUUGGCUAACUCAAUAAAAAUUAUAACAAAAUAUAAAUCUUUUGUAUUUACAUCAUUUGUGCAUCGUAACCAUUGUUAUAAUUUAAUUAUGGAUAUGAUUUUUGAGAAUAAUAAUACCCAUGUUAUUCCAAAAAAAGGAACUGUUAUAAUUGAUAGGUAUCAAGAAUAUGAUACAGAUGAAAAGUAUGAUGCUAGCGAUGAGGUAGAUGAUACCAAUGAUGUUAAUUAUGAUAUGAAAAAAGAAAUUAUAACUAGUGACAUAAUAAAUGAUUAUAAAAAUAAUAAUAUUAUAGAUCACUAUAUGAAAAAUGAUGAAAUGUUAUUAACAGAUAGUUCAAAAAUUAAAAAUGAUGUUGUUGAAAAUAUAAAUGACAAUAAAACUAAAAAUUAUAUGACACAUGGGAAAUGUCCAAUAAUUGAUAUAUCUAAUAAAACAAAUUACAAUCCUAUAAUUUAUGUUGAAACUGUAAAGAGGUACAUACCUUUAAAUAUUGAUACAGAAGAAAAUGAUAUACUAAAAAAUAACAACUUUAUAAAUUGUAUAAAUUAUAUUGAUAGUUUAUAUAUUAAUCAUAACUUUAAAGAUAUUUUUCUAGAUAUAUAUUCGAAUUUACAAAAUCAAUAUAAUCCAUUAGUAAGAAGUGUAUUAGAUAAAAAACCCAUAAAUUUAUCAUAUGAACAUAUAAAAGAUAUAAAAAAUCUUAUGUAUAAUAAAACAUAUUUAACAUAUACAACUGAAUAUAAUAUCUUAUUGUUUGAUAAUGAAACGAAAUUAAUUGGUUUACCUGAUAGAUCAAAUGUCCAAGAAAUUUUGAGCUUUUAUUUUUUAAAAAAUAAUAUUAUUAUUCAAAAAAUAAUUACACUUUUAACUAAUAUACCUUUAGCUAGUUCAUUUAAUACAAUCGUUACAUUAAAUAUACAUAAUAUUAUCAACCAAAAUACAAAUAAUUAUUAUACACAAAUUGAUUUCUCAUAUGAUAUCGAAUUUAUUAAAAGUACAUUCUUUAAAAGUCAUAUUAAAAAUAAUGCUAUGCCCAAACUUGAAAAAUCAAUUAAAGAUUUGAAAGAUUAUACAAAAACAGCUAUUUUACAAAUAUAUCAAAAUUAUGAUAAUCAAACAAAAAAUAAUAAUAAUAAUAUAAAUCAUGAACAACAUAAUAAUAUAAACCAUCAAAAUAAAAAUAACAAUUAUCAAUCUUUUACAUUCAAAAAUAAUAUACAUAUGGCCAAAAAGGACCUUCAACAUAUGACUAUAAAUGAAAUUCGCAAAUUUUUUAAAAAUGAUUUUAAAUCUGUGGAUCAUUUUUCAUCAUAUACACCACUUAUGUACUUUUUAAUAGUAUCCAUUACGGCAUUUCUAAUUUAUAAAUUACUUGAUAUUAAAUAUCAUUUAUGA